AUGAAUCGAUUUGAGGUGUCAUCGAAUAUGGGAAGUGCUGGUGAAGUGUUACCUGAAAUGAUGGAAGAAGAUUCUCGGCCAGCGAUCAGUACAAAUGGAAUUGCAAAUAUUGCUAGUGGUGCGCAAGUGUCACCAUCCAGCGCUAAUGGAGCGGAACGAACAGUAAGAUUUUCAGUGGAAAAUGACGCCGAAGGACGACAACAUUCUGGUGAAGCAGAUGAACAUACUGUAACAUUUAAUUUAAAAAGUUGGAGGAAUAUGCAAACCAUUGAACAUCCACCUAUUAUUGAUUUCUAUCGUAAUUCGGUGGAUGAAGGUGGUGGUAUAACUUCAAGACCAUCCAUGAAACAACUGAUACAUGGUGAGAAUGCCCAGGAUACUGUAAUUGGGAUCGAUGAAUUUAAGAAAGACGCGGACGAUAUAAUAAAUGGGGAAAGGGAGACAACAGCAAAACUUAGUAAAUUUGAGCCUCCGGCACCUGUCACGCGCACUAAAUUCGGUUGGAUUCAGGGUGUUUUCGUGCGUUGCAUAUUGAAUAUCUUCGGUGUAAUGCUUUACUUACGUAUUAGUUGGGUUGCCGGACAAGCUGGAAUCGCUCUAGGAUGCGCAGUUGUACUCCUUGCAUCUUUGGUGACAUUUAUCACAGCACUUUCGACAUGCGCUAUUUGUACAAAUGGUGAUAUCAAAGGUGGUGGUGCUUAUUUUUUGAUCAGUCGUUCAUUGGGCCCAGAAUUUGGUGGUUCAAUUGGUUUGAUAUUUUCGGUAGCAAAUGCGGUUGGUGCAGCGAUGUAUGUGGUUGGAUUUGCUGAAACGGUACGAGACUUGUUAAAAGAGAAUAAUUAUGCAGUGAUUGACGGUGGGAUGAACGACGUACGAGUCAUCGGUCUCGUGUCCUGUUGCAUACUAAUGGCAAUUGUAUUUAUUGGGACAAGUUUUGAGAGUAAGAUGCAAGUUGGUCUGCUAGCUAUUUUAACAUUAUCCAUUAUCGAUUACUUUGUCGGAACUUUUGUACCGGUUUCGGAAAAUCAGUUAUAUCGUGGCAUUACAGGCUACAGCUUUACUACGAUGACCGACAAUAUGCUUCCGAAUUUUCAAGGCGGUGAGACAUUUUUUUCAGUAUUUGCAGUAUAUUUUCCGGCUGCAACAGGGAUAAUGGCAGGUGCAAAUAUCAGUGGUGAUUUAGCAGACCCUCAGCAUGCUAUACCAAAAGGUACAUUGUUAGCUAUAGCUGUAACAACAGUUAUAUAUCUGUUGGUCGUGUUUGCAACCGGAUCAACCUGUGUACGGUACGCUGACGGUUACCAGCAACCGUAUAUCAUCAAUAAUUCUUAUUUUAUUCCGGAUUGUGCACAAAAUAACACAUGUCCAUAUGGUCUAAUGAAUUAUUUUCAGGUAAUGGAAAAUGAAAGCUUUUAUGGUCCAUUGAUCACAGCUGGCAUUUUUGCUGCCACCUUAAGUUCGGCUCUAGCUAGUCUUGUUAGUGCACCGAAGAUUUUCCAGGCCGUAUGCAAGGAUCGUCUCUUCCCGAAAGUCGGAUUCUUUGCACGCGGUUAUGGCAAGGACGAAGAGCCGCGACGAGCUUAUGUACUUAUCUUCGUAAUCGCUUUGAUAAUGAUUCUAAUCGGCGAACUGAAUGCAAUAGCACCAAUAAUUUCAAACUUUUUCUUGGCAUCUUAUGCACUCGUUAAUUAUUCAUGCUUUGAUGCUUCAUUUGCUGAUUCACCAGGGUUUCGACCUGCUUUCAAAUACUACAACAUGUGGGUGUCACUAACCGGGGCAUUGCUAUGUAUCAGUGUUAUGUUUAUCGUGUCGUGGUCCACAGCACUGCUCACAUUCUUUUUCUUUGCAAUGUUAUUUUUGUAUAUAUUAUAUCGUAAACCUGAUGUCAACUGGGGGUCAUCAACGCAGGCUCACACGUACAAGAAUGCAUUGCAAGCUAUGCAGAAGUUAGCCGUUACCGAAGAGCACGUCAAAAAUUACCGACCUCAGGUUUUGUUACUGGCUGGUAAUCCGGCAGCUCGACCAUCUCUAGUUGAUUUUGCUUAUAAUAUCACGAAAGGAUCCAGUUUGAUGAUUUGUGGUUUUGUGGUACCGUAUGAGCCAUGUGAUCGCGUAUUUGCGUUACUUAGAAAGUUGGAUGUUCAAAUGAAUGAAUGGCUCAGGAAACGUCACGUAAAAUCGUUUUAUGUUUCCGUAGCUAGCCCUAGUCUCCGUACUGGUGCUCAAACAUUACUUCAGGUUGCCGGUCUUGGAAAAUUGAAACCGAAUAUUUUGAUUACUGGUUUCAAAAGAAACUGGGCUGAUCGUGGCGUAGAAGGACUAAAUGAAAUCAACGAUUAUUUUGGAGUGAUUCAAGAUGCCUUCGAAAGUCGAAUGGGAGUAGCGGUUUUGAGGAAUUCUCGAAGUGGUCUUGAUUAUAGUGAACUGAUGAAACGACACAAUGUAGGUGAUACAGCUCGACUCAAUUUACCGGAAAUAAGCCGAUCAUCAAAUUCGACAAAAGCAGAUGGUGGAACAGUUCAUUUGGAUAUGCAAGAAAACAAAUCAACAGAAAAUAAUAAUAAUGCUGACAAAAAAGUGAAAGAUAAUUCAGAACAAAGUGUGAGUAUUGAUCAAGAUCAAGGUGGCAAUGCAGCGAUGCGAUUGCAUCGACAAAAGGCCAUUGAUGCGGGAGGUGGUGGAAAAAGCGCUAAAGCGGUCAGUGCCGCAAAUCCGGAAAAACUCGCAACAGCGAAUACAAACGAUGCUUUGAAUGUAGAACACUUUGAGUCCAUUAAUGAAUCUCUACUUUUCGGCAACAUUCUACACCUCGCCGCAACCGGAUCAUAUCUGGCGAACUGUCCAUUGGAAUGUUUUGAUGAAGAAAGAAAUGACGUUGAAGUGGAUGCACCUGUCGCAGAAAAUGUUAGCGAUGAUAUGGACGAGGAUGGCGACGAAUAUUCGGAUGAGAAAACACGACUAACAAAAGAUGACAGUGAUGGAAAUCAUCGUCAUCAUCAUAUUGCUAUUAUUAAUCGUGAUAAUAAUAAUAGUAACGAUGGUGCUAAUAAUAAUGGUGAUGAUAAUAUUACUGAUAACGAUAAGGUGCUUGGAAUAUCCGAAUCAACUAGACGACAUUCAUUGUAUGACAGUUUUCGACGAUCACAUCGUCCAACUGCCGCCCAACGUGAACUUGUCGCAUCGAUUUGUCGUUUCCAUCGUAAAAUUAAAAGUGCAGUAAUUGAUGUUUGGUGGUUAUAUGAUGACGGUGGUUUAACUCUUCUUGUUCCACAUCUGUUAACACUACCAAAAAGUUACUUAGAAAAUGCUCGAUUACGUGUCUUCACUAUUUCAACAUCACCAACUUUAAUGGAACAGGAACAAAGGAGUAUGGCAGCACUGUUAACCAAAUUCCGGAUUGACUUCUCCGAUGUUUUCGUGAUGCCGGAUAUUGGCAGGAAACCUAAUGUACAAACCAUUGAAACAUUUUCCGAGCUUAUCAAACCGUUUAUUUGUGAGGAUGAUAAUGUUCAACCGGGUAUGAUUACACAAUCGGAAUUAGAAGCUCAAAAACAUAGGACCAAUCGACAUCUCAGAUGUUCUGAGCUACUCCACGAGUUAUCUUCUAAUGCUGACCUCAUUGUCUUAACAUUACCAGUGCCACGAUUCGGUUUUGUCAGCAGUUGUUUAUACAUGGCGUGGCUGGACAUGAUGACACGAGACUUGCCGCCCACGUUGAUGAUACGUGGCAAUCAAACAUCUGUCCUCACGUUUUAUUCAUAG